AUGACUUCAUCUACUGAAGAAACGCAUUUAAUUCCUUUCCCUGGUGAUGAUAUACUUGCACGACCACAAUCACCUUUAUGGCGAUUAUUUCAUGGUACACAUUACAUGAUUGGUGGUCUUACAUUUAUUAGUGGAUCAUGUAUGUACUUUCCAAGUGUUUAUAAUCAUUAUUCAUCAGCAUUUUCUAUUGGUGGAUGGCUGUUUACGAU